UUCGAGCUGUGUGUAUGUGGGGCAGAAAGAGAGACGGGUAGAUUUAGGAAUCCGUCUGCAGACUUGCUGCUGCGCUGUUACAGAAAAAUGGCCUAGCAGUCCAACUAACUGCUAACUGUUCGUUUGUGUGUGCUUCGAGCAGUGGUGAGACGCCUCGCUACUACCUAUCUUCCAGCCGCCACAGCAGCCCCCCACUCCCUCCCUUCAGCAGAACAACAAGCAGCAGAGCAGGAUGGAGGCUUCAUUCGGCCCUACCUUCUCAGCCGUGGCUGCUGGAGCGAAAGCAGAAGGGUCCAGCAGCUACAAGCAGCACAGAAGAACUCCCUCCUCCUCCAGCACUCUGACCUACUCUCCCCGGGAUGACGACGACGGAAUGCCUCCUAUUACUCCUCGGAGGUCAGAUUCAGCCAUCUCAAUCCGAUCUCUCCACUCCGAAUCCAACAUGUCUCUGCGCUCCACUUUCUCUCUGCACGAAGAGGAGGAGGACACGGAGCCCCAGGUGUUUGCUGAACAGCCAUCCGUGAAGCUGUGCUGCCAGCUGUGCUGUAACGUCUUCAAGGACCCCGUCAUCACCACAUGUGGGCACACUUUCUGCAGACGAUGUGCUUUGACUUCAGACAAGUGCCCAGUGGAUGCGGCUAAGCUAACGGUCGUGGUCAACAACAUCGCGGUAGCCGAGCAGAUCGGAGAGCUGUUCAUUCACUGUAAAUACGGCUGCAGGGCCACGGCCGGCGCAGCUGGCGGGGCUGCGGCCUCCACCUCCACGGUGGCCGGGAAACCCGGGGCGUACGAGGUGGACCCACUGGGCUGCCCGUUCACCAUCAAGCUCACCACUCGCAAAGAACACGAGGCCAGUUGUGACUACAGGCCGGUCCGCUGCCCCAACAACCCUUCCUGUCCGCCGCUGCUCACCAUGAACCUGGAGGCUCACCUCAAAGAGUGCGAGCACAUCAAGUGUCCACACUCCAAAUAUGGCUGUACGUUCAUCGGUAACCAGGACACGUAUGAAACACACCUGGAGGUUUGUAAAUUUGAGGGCCUGAAGGAGUUCCUGCAGCAGACUGAUGACCGGUUCCAUGAGAUGCAGCUGACUCUGGCCCAGAAGGACCAAGAUAUUGCUUUCCUGCGCUCCAUGUUGGGCAAACUGUCUGAGAAGUUGGAUCAGCUAGAGAAGAACCUGGAGCUCAAAUUUGAUGUGUUGGAUGAGAACCAGAGUAAACUGAGCGAGGACCUGAUGGAAUUUCGUAGAGAUGCUUCCAUGCUUAAUGAUGAGUUGUCCCACAUCAACGCCAGGCUCAACAUGGGAAUCCUGGGCUCAUACGACCCCCAGCAGAUCUUCAAGUGCAAGGGGACAUUCGUUGGCCACCAGGGUCCCGUCUGGUGUCUGUGUGUCUACUCCACCGGAGACCUACUCUUCUCCGGAUCCUCCGAUAAGACCAUCAAGGUAUGGGACACCUGCACCACCUACAAAUGUCAGAAAACCCUCGAGGGUCACGACGGCAUCGUUCUGGCACUGUGCAUCCAAGGAAACCGCCUGUACAGUGGCUCUGCAGACUGCACCAUCAUAGUGUGGGACAUCCAGGCCCUGCAGAAAGUUAAUACAAUCCGUGCCCAUGACAACCCUGUAUGCACGCUGGUCUCCUCCCACAACAUGUUGUUCAGCGGCUCCCUCAAGGCCAUUAAGGUGUGGGACAUCGUGGGCACGGAGCUGAAGUUGAAGAAGGAGCUGACCGGUCUGAAUCACUGGGUUAGAGCACUGGUGGCCUCCCAGAACCACCUGUACAGUGGCUCGUAUCAGACCAUCAAGAUUUGGGACAUCCGCUCUCUUGAGUGUGUUCAUGUCCUGCAGACCAGCGGGGGCAGCGUCUACUCCAUCGCAGUCACCAACCACCACAUCGUCUGCGGCACCUAUGAAAACCUCAUUCACGUGUGGGACAUUGAGUCUAAAGAACAGGUGCGGACCCUGACGGGUCACGUGGGGACAGUUUACGCUCUCGCAGUCAUCUCCACUCCAGACCAGACCAAAGUGUUCAGCGCCUCCUACGACCGCUCGCUCAGGGUGUGGAGCAUGGACAACAUGAUCUGCACCCAGACCCUGCUGAGACACCAGGGCAGUGUAACCGCUCUGGCCGUCUCCAGAGGUCGCCUCUUCUCUGGAGCAGUCGACAGCACCGUCAAGGUGUGGACAUGCUAAGCAAACAGUUUGUUCUGCAGGAGUCCAGUCAACUUCUUUAUGAACGGUAACCUUUCCCCACGAUCUCCUCCCCCACAUCCGUUUCUUUGAUUGUGAUUUAAACGGCCGCAGACCAAUAAUAAUAACAGUUACUUCACAGUCAAGCCGCAUCGGAACGGUUUUAGCAAGUGUUGCUUUCUAAAACUUCAAACAAGCCCUCCGACGGUCUUUCCUGGAUCGUCAGACUUGAGGGUCAACUCAAGGUCACGCUCCUGACGUGACCUCAUCACCAGUGCAUUAUGGGGCAAAAAUAAGACGAGCUGCCUUACAAAUCCAAGAUUUGACUGGACGCUAAUCCGUGUAAUCGGAGCAGGAAGUACGGAGCUUUCAAAGUGAAGUCCUGUCUGCUUCCUGCAGAAACACCUGCGGUAUAAGAACUGUACUGAUGAUGCCUGAUGCAUACUGUUCAAAUAAGUCUCAGGGCUGGUUUCACAAACGGGGAGCGACGCCAUUCUCAUCCAAAAUAUAUAAUAUGUUGUGUAUCCCCGAAAGCGCCAGAACAUAAACAAGAAAUUUAAAUUGGGACUAGGUUAUUUUGUACAAAUGAAGUAUCAGCAGUUUUAUGUUCAAAUGUAUGUGAAGAUUACAUUGACCCCUACCUGGGAAUUAUCCUUGAUAGAGAUCAAAAGCACUAUCCUUCCCUCAAACAGAUAGUUGGACUUUUUGAAGCGGGGUUGUAUAAGGUACUUAUUUAUAGUCCGUGUAUUACCUAGAGUAGAAUGCCAUCAACACGCAGACGAAGUACUAGCACCGUAACAAAGCUAUGUACUGCUUUGGACAGAGGCAGCAGUAAAACGGUUAUAGACACUUAAGUAAACUCAAUAUCAGUUUAAGUGGGUGCUAUAUUACAAAUAUUUUCACCGCUUUACUUUGCUGUUAUAAAGGCUCUCUUUAAAGCCACCAGACUACCUGGACAAAAAAUUGUGAUUUCACCACGCACAACACUGGAGUAGCUGGUUUAAUGCUGCCACAAUUGGUUUGUUUGUUUUUAUUGUAUGAAUUUGGUCAAUCCGAAGUAACCCUUAAAUCAAAGUAUCUCCUAACUGGUGGCAUUGCCGACCGCCAUCUACUGUAGGUAAUGGUAAUACUACCCCACUUCUAUCCAAAUUUAUACUAAAAGACUCCUAUUUCAAUCUGUUGAAAAGCUUCUUAUAUGUACCUCUAUGGUCUCUGGUAUCAUAAAGGGUUAAUAAUGAAACGUCUUGAUGAAAUAAUAUGAGUUACCUGUCGUUCCGUUUAACUUCCCUACACUUUCACAUAGGGCUGCCAGUAACGACAAAUUUUCUAUUGAUAAGUUUCAGUUUUUACAAAUUAAACAUUUCAUCUAAUCUCCUUUCUUUGACAAUCUAUAGGCUUUAAUUGGAUAAUGCAGCGCAAAAUAAGAUACAUAUCCACUUAAAUCCUUAUUAAAGAAAUUGUUCCAGAGUUUGAAAAUAUGCUCCCCAAAGUCCCAUCAGUUGUAACACUUUUUGACGGCAUGAAAAUCAUCUUUUUACCUCCCACACACUUAUUCAAUAGAAUUAUUAAGCUAGCUUGCGGUCGACUUUAGCAGACAAUGUCCCAAGCAACAGUGCUUGCUCCCUCCUCGAUCAUUGUGGUCGUCUCCCAGAACGCUGUGAAACCAGCCUUUUAAUAAGAGAAUGACAGAUCUAUAGAUUUACUGAGUUUUAUAUUAGUGCCAUGAUAGAGCUGUAUACAGAGCCAUUAACGGAUGUACAGUUGUGUAAAAUAAGAUGCCUGGACACGUGCCCAUGAGAAUGACUCACACUGGCCUACAUAACAGAGGGACAGGGAGACGGUCUGUGUCCGUUAUUGUAUAUAUGUGAGUGUGUUUCAAUGAGUGCCAUAUGUCUGGAUAAAAACUAAAGGAAAGACUGUAAUGUGUCUCUUUCUGCCUCUCCCCCACUCUCUGACCUCUGACUUUAGUCGGUUAGAAUGAACAUAACCACAGAUUAAUUCUGAUUGGUGUUUUAUGACUGUAAUACUCGGUGGACUCACGGUGAAGGCAAGCAGGUGAUUGUGUGUAAUUAACUUUUAAACUUCCAGAGGCAAAUUAAAAGAAAGUUCUGUUGAGCUAAAGUAAAGUCCUUUUUUCCUGAAUUAUGUUUCAGGACCCAUAUUGGGUUGAAAAUAUCAAAACAGAUUCAAUAUGCCUGGGAGGGUUGUUUUAAGAACAUGUACAUCUAUUUAGACACAUGGGCUGAAUAAGGUUUUUACAGAUGUUCAGAGUUAUGUUGCCUUCAUUUAAUUGCAGAACUGGCCUCUACUUAAUGUAGCCUUGGUGAGGUGUCUGCUGUGGUCACAGUUUCAGUGAUUCCUUGUAUACUUGUAAUCAUGUAAGCCUGAGUUGAUCAUUGAUCAAUAAAACUGUUGU